CGCGCCCCCCCCCCAAAACUAGAAGCCUGCCCCACGACAGCGGGGGCUUCGUCUGCACAAUUCCUACUCCCUUCAUCGCUGCCGCUGCUCGUCGUCACAGCCGGCUCGCAGAAACCUGCGGGCUCCCCCUCCGUGUAAACUGGUCUGCUUUUCCUGCGGGACGACGAAAACGCCUCAGCGUCGUCCCGCGGCAACCUGGCCCCGGCUGCCGUCGUGGCCGCUGAGGGGAAAGGCCCGGGAAGGUGCAGGUGCUCCACUUCCACUGCGCCCCCCCCCAGCAGGUGUAGCAAAAGGCAGCGGGUGACUCACCGGAACCACCAGCUGGGGGGGGGGGAAGGGGGCGGAGAGGGGGGAAGGGAGCGAAAUGGUCAUGCCUUGGCCCGGGGGCAGGGUUUGCCAAGGUCAGCGUGAGUCACAUGGUGACUGGAGCCCUCAUGUAUGGAAAACGGGUGGAGUGGGGAGGGGAAGAGAGGUGGGGAGGGAGAGAGAGAAAGAGUCCGUGGCUGGAGCCGAGAGGCUUGCUCCAUGAGGGAAGACAGGUCUCGCGCUCCUCUCCCCCACCACCACCACCACCUCCCCUCCACGGUAGUUUGGGCAGUAGGCCUCGCGUGCCCCUAGCGGCAGCGCCGGAUGCCUCGGGUGCCCGCCGCACUAGUGCGCGCACAGGCGAGCGGGGCUCCUCCUCCUCCUCCUCCUGCUCCUGCUGCCGGGCGCCGCGCAGAGCUUCCAUGCCGGUGGGUGCAAGCGCGCGACCUCGUGGCUCGGGCAGCGGCAGCAGCUGACAGUCAAUCAACUUCUCAGUUGCCAGCCGGGGAGGCAGGCGGCUCGCAGCGGGCGCUGCAAAUUUCCCGGCGGCUGGUGCGGUUGGCUGAACGGGAAGAGGAGCCGGCGAUCGUGGGGCUGUGAACUUGCCAGCCCUGCCACGGUUCAGAAUGCAGCAGCUGGUUUCCUGCCUGGGCUUGUGGCUCUUCCUCCAACUUCCCUGCCUCAGCUCUGGGACACGUGUAGUCUACAAGGUACAGGAGGAGCAGCCACCCAACACACUUAUCGGAAGCUUGGCAGCAGACUAUGGCUUCCCAGAUGUGGGGCACCUGUAUAAGCUGGAGGUAGGUGCCCCUUACCUGCGUGUGGAUGGCAAGACUGGUGACAUCUACACCACAGAGACCUCCAUAGACCGGGAGAGCCUGCGAGAGUGCCAGCAGCUGUUCCCAGGGGAGCCUUGCUUCCUGGAAUUUGAGGUUUCUAUCACAGACCUGCUGAACAACAGUCCACGCCUGCUGGAGGGACAGAUAGAAGUGCUGGACAUCAAUGACAAUACACCCAACUUUGCCUCUCCUGUAAUCACACUAGCCAUUCCUGAAAACACCAAUAUAGGUUCACUCUUCCCCAUUCCACUGGCCAUGGACCGUGAUGCUGGUGCCAAUGGUGUUGCUUCGUAUGAGUUGAUGCCUGGUUCAGAUGCCCAGAAACUCUUUGGCUUGCAGGUGGCUGAGGACCAAGAUGAGAAACAGCCACAGCUGAUUGUCAUGGGCAGUCUGGAUCGGGAACAGUCAGAGUCUUAUGACCUAACCAUCAAAGUGCAGGAUGGAGGUAGCCCACCACGUGCUAGCAGUGCCCUACUGCGCAUCACCAUUCUGGACAUGAAUGACAAUGCACCCAAGUUCGAGAAGCCCUUAUAUGAGGCUGAACUCUCAGAGAACAGUCCAAUGGGUCACUCAGUCCUGCAGGUGAAGGCCAAUGAUUCUGAUCAGGGUGCCAAUGCUGAGAUCGACUAUUCCUUCCACCAGGCUUCAGAUAUGGUUCGCCGGCUGCUGCGCCUGGACAGAGGCACUGGACUGAUCACCGUACAAGGUCCUGUUGACCGAGAAGACAUCAAUGUGCUCAAGUUCUCAGUGCUGGCUAAAGAUAAGGGAGCAAAUCCCAAAUCUGCCCGUGCCCAGGUGGUGAUCAAUGUCAGGGACAUGAAUGACAAUGCCCCAUCUAUUGAAAUCCGUGGAAUUGGCUUGGUCACUCACCAGGAUGGCAUGGCCAAUAUCUCUGAAGAUGUACCGGUGGAGACACCUGUAGCUCUGGUACAGGUGUCUGAUCGGGAUGAGGGUGAGAACGCCGUUGUGACCUGCGUAGUAGCUGGGGACGUACCUUUUCAAUUACGACAAGCCAGCGAUACUGGCAGUGACAGUAAAAAGAAGUAUUUUCUGCAGACGACAACACCACUAGACUAUGAGGCAGUGAAAGAAUAUACUAUUGAGAUUGUCGCUGUGGAUUCUGGAAACCCACCUUUGUCCAGCACCAACUCUCUCAAGGUACAGGUGGUAGACGUCAAUGACAAUGAUCCAGUUUUUAGUCAGAGCUCAACAGAGGUGGCCUUUCCUGAAAACAGUUCCCCAGAUGACUUGGUGGUGGAAGUGAGUGCCACUGAUGCAGACAGUGGGUCCAAUGCUAAGCUGGUGUACUCGCUAGUAGCAGAGCCUUCAUCAAAAGGUGUUUUCUCCAUUGAUCCAGAGUCUGGUGAAAUCCGGGUGAAGACUGUGUUGGACCGGGAGCAGCGAGAGCGCUAUGAAUUCUUGGUGGUUGCAGCUGACAAGGGUAGCCCCAGUCGCAAAGGAACUGCCUCAGUUGCCAUAAAUGUCAUGGACCGCAAUGACAAUGACCCAAAGUUCAUGCUAAGUGGCUACAACUUCUCUGUCAUGGAAAACAUGCCACCAUUGAGUCCAGUUGGCAUGGUGACAGUAAUUGAUGCUGACAAAGGAGAAAAUGCCUUUAUUCAGCUCUCGGUGGAGCAGGACAAUGGUGACUUUGUCAUCCAGAAUGGUACCGGCACCAUCCUCUCCAGUAUCUCCUUUGACCGGGAGCGUCAGAGUACUUAUACCUUCCGAUUAAAAGCUGUGGAUGGGGGUGACCCUCCCAGAUCUGCUUAUGUUGGGGUCACUAUCAAUGUGCUAGAUGAGAAUGACAAUGCUCCAGUCAUCAUCUCUCCAUCCAAUGCCUCCUACAAACACAUUCUACCACACACUAGUCCUGGGCAGCAGGUCAUGAGCGUUGGAGCUGAAGACAUUGAUUCUGGCACCAAUGCUGAGCUGCAGUACAGCAUCACCGGUGGAAAUCCCUUCGAGCUUUUCAAGAUUUCACCCCAGAGUGGAAACAUCACAUUGGAAAAAGAGAUCCUUCGCAAGCACCAUGGCCUUCACCGCCUGGUUGUUCGUGUGAAUGAUAAGGGCAAGCCUUCUCGUCAUGGCACAGCUUUAGUCCAUUUCUACGUCAACGAGACACUGGCUAACCGCACCCUUUUGGAAACCCUAGUGGGCCACAGUUUAGACACACCCAUUGACAUUGACAUUGCUGGUGACCCUGAAUAUGAGCGCAGUAAGCAACGGAGCAACAUUCUCUUUGGUGUCAUUGCGGGCAUCGUAGCUGUCACCCUGGUUAUUGUGCUUGUAGUGCUGGUGCGCUACUGCCGUCAAAAGGAGGCCAAAAGUGGCUACCAGGCUGGCAAAAAGGAAACCAAGGACCUGUAUGCUCCCAAGCAAGGUAGCAAAGGGAACAAAGCCAAAAGCAAGGUGAAAAAGAGCAAAUCUCCUAAGCCACCCAAACCUGCCGAGGAUGAGGAAGAAACAGGACUGCAGAAAUCUCUCAAAUUCAACCUUAUGAAUGAUUCAGUCAGUGACAGCCCCCGCAUCCACCUGCCCCUCAAUUAUCCACCAGGCAGCCCUGACCUGGGCCGCCACUACCGUUCCAACUCUCCUCUGCCUUCCAUCCAGCUCCAGCCCCAGUCGCCAUCUGCCUCGAAGAAGCAUCAGGUAGUACAGGACCUGCCAGCCACCAACACAUUUGUGGGCACUGGGGACAGCAAUUCCACGGGCUCGGAGCAGUAUUCAGACUACAGCUACCGUACCAACCCUCAGAAAUACACCAAUAAACAGUUACCUCAUCGCCGAGUGACAUUCUCUGCAGCCAAUCAAGCUCAAGAUCUGCAAGAUCCCUCACAGCACAGUUACUAUGACAGUGGCCUUGAGGAGUCUGAAACACCAAGCAGCAAAUCUUCAUCAGGGCCCCGCAUUGGACCCCUGGCUCUGCCUGAGGAUCACUAUGAGCGCACCACACCCGAUGGCAGCAUUGGGGAAAUGGAGCAUCCUGAGAAUGAUCUCCGGCCUCUGCCUGACGUAGCCAUGACAGGGACCUGCACCCGGGAGUGCACAGAGUUUGGUCACUCUGACACCUGCUGGAUGCCAGGUCAGUCCUCUCCAAGCCGGCGGCCCAAGAAUGCCCUCAAACUCUCCACAUUUGUGCCUUAUCAAGACAGAGGGAGUCAAGAGCAAGUUGGGAAUGGCAGCCCCAGACUCUCAGAAGAGCGCAACACCAAAAUGGCUAACCUCCGCCUGCUCCCCACAUACAGUGCCUUCUCCAACAGUAGCCAUGAGCCCUGCAAGGACUCCCCCAUGGAGGAAAUCCCUCUCACCCAGACCUCGGACUUCCAGACAGCGACUACACCGUCAUCCCAAACUGCCAAGCGGGAGAUCUACCUGUGAGACUGAAAGGACCACAGAAAGUACCUGAUAAAUACACCUGAAACCAGUGUCUGGAACUAGAAUAAGAAUAAAAAGAAGGGACUUUCAAACUGUGAUGCUUUAUCACUCGCAUUGGCAGUUCUGUGCCUGCCAGGUGAGAGAAUGCCUUGCCCAGGCCCAGGGCACUGGACACAUUUUUUUGUAAACUCAUUGCUCCCAGAGCAAGAGGACUGGCACCAGCCUGAAUGAUCAAGCUCUCAGUAGAGUGGUCCCUGAAUGUCUGGAAAGAGGGAGAAAGGAACUUAGAGAAGAGGGCUUGGCCUCAUGGCUUCAGGGCUGGGGGUGGGGGGAAGGGCUUAGUUACCAAAGGUCCAUGCAGACUUGGUGGAGUCCAUUGGGCACAGGGCUGAGGGCACCUGGCACAGGUACGGGGGAGGGGGGAACGUUCCCUCUCUUGUUACUGUAGACUCCUGUAAAUAUGAAUCUUAGGAAUGACAUUUGUGUCCUGCCUGAUCAAAAACAUAUUGUCCUUGAUUUAAAAAAAAAAAAGACAUUGAAAGAAGCAAAACCCACAGGGAGCAAUUUCCAGCUUGAAUCUUUCACCACACAGAAGAGCACAUGGGAGUAAGCACUUCCAGCCAGCCCACCCUAACCCUUCCACAGUGUAAAUAAGGAUAUGGGGUGACAGCUGGUGAAGGGAGCAUAUUGGCUGGUCAGCAGGACUGGGAAGAAGGGCAUUACAGCGCUUUUAACCCCCUAAAUCUCUUUCUGAAUUUCAGCACUCUUCUCGUCAGGUGUGGGGGGAGCUCUAGAGCUAAUAGCCGUGGCUUUCAGUUGGUCCUCCUUUGUUCCUGCCCCGUCACAGUGGGGCUGGGCCAGUAAGAGAGACGGAAGAGAUGGCCAUUCUUCAAGUGGUCCAACACACACACACACACCCAACUCCCUGAUAUCUCUUCUUCCUCACCUGAGGCAGGGAAUUCCCACGGGGUCAUUGGGCCUCGGUGCCAUGAUUCUGGCCUUUGAUUUAUCUGCCUGUAAGCCACCAUUGCCUUUGUGAAAUGGAGCUUUGACUCAGGGUUGCACAGAAGGCCAUGGGGCCUCUGUAUGCUGGAGUCAUACCCCCUUCCCCAUGCCUUGAGACCAGAGGGCCAGCCUCAAGGGCUCCAGUAUUCUCUUCCAGUGCCGCAGGUUUAGCCACAUAGUAUCAGAGUGUAGGAGCCCUGUUCUGAUAUUGUAGUCCCUGGAGAGGCCCAUUUGACAAACCAGAGAAACUACCCUUGGCAUAUUUAACUCCCAACAAUCAUGCUUUCACCAGAGAUGGCUCAGAAGACCAUCAGAAGACCGGGCAAGGGAGUACUCUGCCUCCUCAAGCCAUCUGUGAGCUGCUCAAAUGACUUGGUUGUGAAGUCACCCUCAGAUGGUCCUGACUUCAGGUCACCUAGCGCUCAUGGCAAUUUCUUCCCAUCAGUCUGCCUUCCCUCCCUGCCUGCCAACUAGAUUUGUGGAGCUCCAUUUCUGUUCGUUCAUGUGGCAGUGGAAGGUACAAAUUCAUUAGUACAUUCUCUAGCCUGGGGCAUCUCCCCCUUGACCAGAUGGCGCUAACUGGGCCCAGCUUGAUCCUCUUGGUGCUUUGACUUGGUUUUUUCUGGUGCCCAUAGCCCUGACCAUCUUCCCACAUGUUGUCAUGGGUCAAAGAUAUGUUCUUAGCUGUGUUUCAGUAGGUGGGCUGGUUUUCACCCUUCCUUGCUGUGUCUCUGUUCAGGCUCCUUCUCAGUUACAGGAUCUGUGAAGCAGAGGAGAAAAACAGCUAAUGGUGUAUGCACAGAUUAUCUCUUCUUACCGUUUAUGGUAUAAUUUAUGUAUGUGUGUGUCAGGAUUGACUCUUUCUUCCAGAGAAUGGUGUGGCGAAUGGGUACAGUAUACACAUUCCUAAGACCAAGGAGCCAGACCAGAGGCAGAAGCCUCAUAAUAAUAUAUAGUUAUGUACUGUUGAGUCAGUUCUAAUUUAUGGUCACCCUUUCAAGGAUUUUCUAGGUGUAGAAUACUCCAAUGUGGUUUACCAUUUCCUCCUUCUUGGGGGUGCUUGGGGACUGUGCAGCUUGCCCAAGGCUACACUGGCUGGCUCUUCUCCCAGUGGGGAAUCAAACUCUAUACCCAACUCAUUGAGCUAGCCAGCCAGCAGGAAAUUUAUAGGACCAUGCGAAAUCUUACUGCCUCCUUCUUAAAGGAAAUGAACAUGUGUCAUCUGUCCCCUGCUGAGAACAUUGCAACAUAUCAGCUUCUGCCCAUCUGCAGUGUGACACGUUUAGCAGAGCAGAGAGCAACACUAGUGAUACCCUCCUGUGGCAAGCUUGCUGCCAUAUGCCACAGAGCACUGGAUGUUUGGAUCCCUGUACCAGCCUUCCUAGUUUGACAUCCUUGACAACUUAUGCGUGCAUAUGCACAUGUGCACAUGUACACGUGCAGCAUGCUUUUCCUCUUCCGCCCCUUACCAUUGUUGAGGCUCAGGGCUAGUUCAGCAGAAAUCCACAAACAGGGGCAGGGACAUAGUACUUCCUAUCCACUUUGACUCCCCGGGCGAUCCACGUAGCUGCCCAAAGGCAACGCGGGAGCUGGAAAAGAGCUUUGAAAUGAAAAGGUUCUGCCUGUAUCUGUUCAGUUGGUGGCAGGCAUUGGGGCUGGUAGAUACAGGCGUUGAAUCAGCCCUGCCCAGGGAGGAAAGGGACUUCAGCCAUCCAUCUCUAACCAUACACUGUCCUGUUAGACACUUUAAAGUGCCACUGUAAGGUGUGGAGGAGGGCAGGACCCUCCUCUCAAGCUCUCUAUUAUUAUUUCCCUAUUGUCAAAUAUGUAUAUGGGAGCCAGGCUUGCUGACAAGGGGAAUACCUGUGGUACCCAGAUAAGGUUAUCACAUUUUGUUUUUAAUAAAUUGUCCUAUGUAAUAUAGGGCAUUGAAAUGCUCCUGUCCACAGAAUGGGUCUGCUCGAAAUUGGUUCAUGUGGUAGUGCUAUUUAUAGGCAGGCUAAUCUGGCCUGCCCCUUGCCAGUGAGAGUUGCAAGGCUGGCCUUAUCCCAGAACUGCUCCCAUCUUUGGACAUUUUUUGCCACAGGGCCAUUGGAGCAAAAUGUGUGCUUGGCCAAGCAGGUUUGGGUUGCUUAUUCCCAUGCUAACCAUGCUGAUGUCAGUGAGUUGACUGUGGGUGACAAAUUGGGAAAAUCUGCACUGAUCUGUUGGAUAUUAUCUGACUUAUAUUGGGGGGGCAUAUGUCUGCAGCGUCUAUCCCCCUUGGUUUAGCCCCGGGGGAAUAAAUGGGUUUGGAGGAGCGAGGAAGAAGCCACAGUACCUGCCUCUUCCAUGGAAAGCCAAGACAUUACCAUCCUGUGCGUGGAAGAAAUUUUGAAGAAGAGAGAGGAGCAGGAUCUGGAAAUGGCAGCAGCAGUGCCAUUGAGAUUGGCCCUUAGUGAUGUGAACUGAAGAUCCCACAAAAUGGGGAGACAUCACAGGAGAAGGAAUGGUGGGCUGAUUUCCAAGGGACCACCACCAAGGGAAGCUCAUUUGCACAAUUUAAAGCCAGAAGGAGAGAACCUAUGUGCACAAGGAUGGGGUGGGGGAAUGGGCAGGAAGAAGGGUGCUCCAUGGGUCCUGGCCUAGACAAGCACAUUGAAAGACAAGGGUGGGGGGGAUAGUUUUGAGCACUGCACUAGGACAAGCCAGGGGUAAAACCAAAGGUGGGAGGCCGGGCACUGGCCAGCUGUGUAAGAUGGAGCCAAGCAACCCCUUUGUAGCUCUUCGUGUUGGUUCUAUUUAUACGAGAUUUCAGUUCCUUGCUUGUGAUGCCUUGUUUUUUGUACAGUUUUAUGUACAUGCAGGUGUAGCUUUUCUAAAAGGAGAAAUCCUAUGGCAGAGUAAAGAGUACCCACUAUUUUUCGGAUGGUGACCUACGUUUAGGUACUGCCUCUCUCUCUUGCUAAGGUUGUAUUGCUCUCAAUGUGAUGCAUUUCCCUUGCACUGGGAAGGCUUUGGGCCUGGGCUGAGUUCUCCCCCAGGUACCAUGAGCACAAUUGAUUCCCUUGUAAUCCUUUUUGUUUGAAGCCGUGAGCAUGACACCUCGUGAGCCCUUUUCUGUUUUCUUCCAUUCUGUUUGUUUGCUGAGCUGUCAGAUGACAAACUCCACUGUAAUUAGCCCUCCCAAAGCUUUACAAUAAAAGUGUGAAAACCUUC